AUGGCUGUAAACAUGAAUACUACGAUAAAAUCGACUACAGCAACAACAUCAGAAACUACGACAACAACUACAACUUCAAUAACAACAACUACUUCUGAAACGACAACUACAACGGCAGGUGUUGUUGUAACAAGUACACUAAAUUAUGCUGUAGAAUUGACUGGUAAUGGUUAUCAUGGUGUCACAAAAGUUCGAUAUUAUUCAGUCACGAACAUGGGCAGCUCUAUGAGAUAUGGCCAUCCUAUUGCUUAUUUAAGUGGAACAACUUUUUCAGGAAAUUAUGUGAAUAAUGUUUGGCACGACCUUCACGUCGGUUAUGAAAACGUAAAUGGAGUUGCAAGUUGUACUGCAGUAUACAAAUCACUUUCUAAAAGCUAUGCUGGAAUAACAGCGAGUUACGGAACUGGAUACAUAGGUUCCUUUACUACUUAUACCAGUCCGGAUUGUGCUGUGUAUAUACUUCUAGUGAUACGACAUCGACACAAUGGGCUGCUUACGGCAACCCAAUGA